AGUUGGAAAUGAGGUGUCCGUCCUAGAGUAGUCGACUUUUAAAAAGCAUCGGCAGCCCCUGAUAUGACGACUUCGCUGGUUCUGCAUCCACGCUGGGCGGACACCUUGAUGUACGUUUAUGAAAAAAGCCCGAAUGAAAACAACCAGAAUAAAAGCCAAACAAUGGAGGGACUGAGCGGUAAUUGCCCUGCGACCCACUGCCGGGACCUGAUGUCGCACCCCGCGCUAGGACGACAUUCUGGCACCAUAGCGACCCACCAGGGCUCCGUCUACUCGGAUAUUUCCUCUCCAGAUACCGGCCGGCAGUGUCCCGCUCCUCAAACAUCGUCCAGUGCAUCUUUGAGCUACGGUUAUCCUUUUGGAAACCCAUAUUACGGCUGCAGAUUAUCUCACUCGCACAACGUGAACUUGCAGCAGAAGCCCUGCUCGUACCACCCGGCGGAGAAAUAUGCCGAGCCCAGCACUGCGCUGCCCGCGGAGGAGCUGUCUACCAGGGCGAAGGAGUAUGCCUUCUACCCGAGUUUCGCCAGUUCAUAUCAGGCUGUCCCUGGAUAUCUGGACAUGUCUGUGGUGCCCAGUAUCAGUGCCCAUCCCGAACCGAGGCACGACGCCUUGAUCCCCAUGGAAGGCUACCAGCACUGGGCUCUCUCCAAUGGCUGGGAUGGGCAGGUGUACUGCUCCAAAGAGCAAACGCAGUCCACUCAUCUUUGGAAAUCACCUUUUCCAGAUGUUGUGCCAUUGCAGCCAGAGGUGAGCAGUUACCGACGUGGGCGCAAAAAACGUGUCCCUUACACAAAGCUGCAGCUGAAGGAGCUGGAGAAAGAGUAUGCAGCCAGCAAGUUCAUCACCAAAGACAAGAGAAGGCGCAUCUCGGCCGGCACCAACCUCUCAGAGCGUCAGGUCACCAUCUGGUUCCAAAACCGGCGAGUCAAGGAGAAGAAAUUUGUCUGUAAAUCCAAGAGCAAUCAUAUGCACACCACUUGAUGAGACCAGCGACCACCUUGAAACUGCAACUCAUAACUUCCAAGACAUCCUGCCAUUUAUUUACCUCUUGCAUCGAAAAUCGUGGCGGAAGAACAUUUUGGCUGUUGGUGUUUUUCUUUUAUUUCAUCUCCUUCAUCCCCAUCGACCAUGCUACCACACCCUGUUUUCAAAUUGGAGACAAUGCUCUAAAAACUGUGAAACUAUUGAAAAUUCACUUCACAUUUGUUUUAUGACUGUACAUAUAUAAAUAUAUAAUAUUUAAAACGGUAUCUGUAUUUCAAAGACAAGUUGCGUGUCUGUCUUUUUUUCUUUUUUUAAAUUCAAGCCAAAUCGCAAAAGGAGCGAUGUGAAAAGGACAUUUCAAUGACUAUACGGGCGGAUCAAACUAGAGGAGACUUGUUUGAUGACAUCUUAGAAAGAUAAUCGCCACAUGGAGAUAAUUAUGGCGAAAUGACAUGUUGACCUUGAGACUUCUUCAACAAAAAACUCACAAAGAGGAUUUUCGAAAGAAAGAAAAUGUUUGUUUAAAAAAAAAAAAUCCUUCUAAAUAUAAAAAGCUAUAUUCCUGUGUGGGAAAUGUUCUCUUACGGAGGGGUACAACAAGACGAAGCUCCUAUAGGUUGUUAAUCUGUAUAGUGCAAUGCAUUUUUAUUUAAUUCAUAUUAUCUUGUAUGGCGGAACUGUAAAGUGGAAUAUCCCAAGACCUGUAUGUUUUCCUUUGUCAGUGAAGGAUGCUGUCAUGCAACUGGAAUGAUUGUAAACCAUUAAAAAUCAGUGAGUAUUACACAUAAAGGCACAAUCGUUUUAUUUUAUUUUUGACUUUGUUAGUUUGCAGCUGGUCACACGCCUUUUAUCCGAAGCCUGUACUUUCUACUUUCGUGCAGUAUGUGAACUGUAUUGUGGUGUUGAAUUACGUACUGGUAACGUGUUUCAUAAAUAAAUGAUUAUGAAAAUGCCUA